AUGAGAGAUCGGCCCGUCAUCAGCUUCGAAAAUUACACCACAUCCUGCGGCGAUGCUGAUGAGAACAAAGUAGGUGGCUGCGCGAUGGCUGUGAGGAACGAUUACAAGAACUUGGUGGAGGAAUUUGGCUUAACGUCGUCUAGAUGCGCCUUUCUACGACUGCGGGAUCGCGGAGGACGUAAACUCUGGAUCGUAAGUGCUCGCGCACCUACGGAAACCGCUGAGGAGAACAGCAAGGACGCCUUCUAUGAUGAACUCAAUGCGUUGAUGUCUAAAAUACCAAGCCAGCCGGUGGUUAUUGUCGGAAUCGACGCAAAUGCGAAGAUGCGACUCGAACAGCAAUCCGAUGUGCUAGGAAAAUGGUACUAUGCAGCGGAGCGCACGUCGGACAACGGUGACCGUCUGGUCGACUUGUGCGAACAGACGGACCUCAUCAUCGCUUCCACGUUUAAGAGGAAUCAUCGACGCCAUCAGCUCACGUGGCAGGGGUCAACCCUUUUAACGAUUGAAGAGCAGCGCAAGCGGAAGAUGAGGACUCUUAAAUUUAAGACCGACUAUUUUCUGACGAGGAGCAUCCUCACUCGGAUAUCCGAAAAUCCAGAGCUAUUUGGAACGUUGCUUUCUACUCUGACCACCGUCCAGUUCUUCUCAGCUUCAAGAUACGGUUUCACAAGAGAAAGCGAGGAGUUCCUCUUCAACCGAAAAUCGACAUGGCAGGACGCUGCAAGGGAAACGCUCCCGAUUCUAUUGCCGCGGAAGAAGUUUGCCUUUGCAUCUGCGGAAACAAAAUUCACGCACGCUAUAUGUGUCGCGCGCAGCGCUGGUGACUUCAACCAGGAAAAGCGUCUUAGAAGGAAGCUGCGUCGUCAACUGCAACAAGACCGCGAUAACGAGUGGACGUCAAGAGCGAUGGAGUUUGAGAAGAUGUGGGAGGAUAGGAACCCGCGGAAAGCCUAUGCUCCACUAAAACAGUAUAGCGGCAAAAUGAAAAGAUGUUCUCCUCUCCUUAACACUGCCAAUGAAGUGGCUGUCGGUAAAGCAACCCUUCCAAUUUGGAGGAAUCACUUCAAGACCUUGCUAAACCGGCAAGCAGCAACUCCUGAACUCAAGCACGUUCAUAAGCAGACAUAUGCGGUUAACGAGGAGUCACCGACCGAGUCAGAGGCUCUAGUCUGUAUCCAAAAAAUGAAGAAUGGAAAAUCUGGUGGAGACGACAGGAUUAGCGCAGAAAUGCUAAAAUAUCUUCCGCCGUCUGGGAUUCGUGAAAUGACAAAGAUCAUCCGUUCAAUAGGGAUAGACGAAAGGAUAUCUGACUCGUGGAGACACGCUAUCACAAUUCCCUUCCACAAGAGGUUAUCUGUCACGGACCCUAGGAAUUAUCGAGGAAUCUCUUUGCUGCGCGUUAUGUGCAAGUUAUUGGAGCGUAUGAUCCUGGACCGACUCAUUAAACAUCGCGAACAAAAAAAACGUGCAACGAGCAAGCUGACUUUCGUCUUGGCCGAUCUACGAUUGACCAUGUGUUUAUCGUCAGGAGAGUGA